AUGGGAGCUUUUCGCCAUUUCGAACCAAUCUCGAAAUGCAACAAGACACAAGAUAGAUCAAACCAAACCAUUGCGUCCGACUUAGACGGCACGCUUCUUAUAUCUCGGAGCGCUUUUCCUUACUACAUGCUUAUGGCUACCGAAGCGGGUAGUUUCCUAAGAGGACUCAUCCUCUUAAUCUCCGUUCCGUUCGUCUACUUCACGUACCUUUUCAUCUCUGAAACCAUGGCUAUCAAGACACUGAUCUUCAUAACCUUUGCAGGUCUGAAGAUCAGUGAUGUUGAAAUGGUUUCAAGGUCGGUGUUGACGAAAUUCUAUGCCGAGGACGUCCGUCCUGAGGCUUGGAAUGUGUUUAGCUCUUUCGGCAAGCGUUACAUUGUGACGGCUAGUCCGAGAGUAAUGGUUGAGCCAUUUGUUAAGAAUUUGUUGGGAGGUGAUAAGGUUAUCGGUACUGAACUUAUGGUGACGAAAUCGGGUAGAGUGACUGGGUUGGUUAUGGAACCUGGUAUUCUUGUUGGGGAGCUUAAGAAAGAUGCUGUUGUCAAAGAAUUUCAUGAUUCUAAUUUGCCUGAUUUGGGACUGGGAGAUAGUGAAAGUGAUCAUGAAUUCAUGUCAAUUUGCAAGGAAGCAUAUAUGGUUCCAAGAACUAAAUGUGAUCCACUACCAAGAACAAAGCUUCUAAGUCCAAUUAUUUUCCAUGAAGGUAGAUUUGUUCAAAGACCAACCCCAAUUAUUGCCCUAUUAACAUUCCUAUGGUUCCCAAUUGGCAUCAUACUUUCCAUCUUUAGGGUAUACCUUAACAUCCCAUUACCAGAAAAAAUCGCUUGGUACAAUUACAAACUCUUAGGAAUCAAAGUAAUUGUUAAAGGCACCCCUCCUCCACCACCAAAAAACGGCCAAAAAGGUGUCCUAUUAGUUUGUAACCAUCGCACAAUUUUAGACCCUGUGGUUACAGCCGUUGCACUAGGGAGAAAAAUCAGUUGUGUCACAUAUAGUAUUAGCAAAUUCAGCGAAAUAAUUUCGCCGAUUAAAGCCGUGGCACUCUCAAGAGAACGAGAGAAAGACGCGGAAAAUAUAAGAAAAUUACUCGAAGAAGGCGACUUAGUGAUUUGUCCAGAAGGAACGACUUGUAGGGAGCCGUUCCUUCUACGUUUCAGCGCGCUGUUCGCUGAAUUAACGGAUAGGAUCGUCCCGGUCGCGAUCAACACAAAACAAAGUGUGUUUUAUGGUACUACCGUUCGGGGACAUAAAGUGUUGGAUCCUUAUUUCGUGUUCAUGAAUCCUGUGCCGACUUAUGAGAUCACAUUCUUGAAUCAACUUCCUAAGGAGUUAACAUGCAGUGGUGGAAAAUCGGCUAUCGAAGUUGCGAAUUAUAUUCAAAGGGUUAUUGCUGGAACACUUGGAUUUGAGUGUACUAAUUUAACCAGGAAAGAUAAGUAUGCUAUGCUUGCUGGAACUGAUGGAAGAGUUGCAUCUAAGAAGGAGAAAGCUUGA